AUGCGGCGCCUGCUGGCGCUCGCCGCGCUGGCAGCCACCCGCCGCCCCGGCGGCGCGCUGCGGGCGGAGGGGGCCGCUCUGCAGGGCGCGGGCGCGGCGCGGCUCGGCCGGCCGAUCGUCACGGGCUGCCUGCUGGAGUGCGGGGUGCAGGACCAGAGCUGCGUCACGCAGUGCCAGGUCUGCGUGGAGGAGCAGAAGUGCAGGACCCUCAGGAGCGACCGCUGCGGCGUGUGCCUGCGGGAGGUGCGCGAUUCCACGCGCGCUAGGGCGACCGCCAACGGAGUGACCAUCGACUCGGGCGGUGUGCCGUUGGCGCACGAGGGUGUGCAGGUCCGGCUGGAGGCCGCGCGGUUCCGCUCCGUGGACGAGAUACGCCUCACCAGGAGAGCCCGCGAUGCGGUCCUCGUUGCGCAGCGGCAGGUCGAGUGGGCCGCCGAGGAGUGGACCGACCAGUCCCACGAGCUCCACAGGGCCAAGGCGAGGCUGAAGCUCGCGCAGGAGCAGUACGCGAUAUCCACGGUAGAGCACGCCAAGAAGGUGAAGAAGCUCGAGAGCCAGAUCGCCAGGACGCGGCUCGAGCGGGCGCGGCUCCAGGAGGAGCUGCGCGGGGCCGAGCGCGAGGCGCGGGGGGCGCGGGAGGCGGGCGCCGGGCAGGGCGCAGCUCGCGCGCGGGCGGGCGGCGGCCGGACCAGCCCGGAGGGCGCGGCCCGCGGCGAAGCGGUGGACAAGGCGACGGCCAGGGAGUGGGCGCUUCGUCGCCACCUAGGCAUGCAAGAGAGGAUGGAGAAGCACCUGGAGGAGCGGCUCCGAUACGAGGAGGAGCACGCCAAGUGGCUUGUCAGGGGGCUCGAGAAAGACGUGAAGAAGGCGGAGCAGGACGUGGAGGGCGCCGCUGGCCGGCUGCGAUACACGCGGGCCAUCGCGCGGCUGGCUGAGGACAACCUCAGGGAAGCAAAGGACCGCUACCUCAGCGCGCAGGCGAUGUCGCUCCGUGCCGGCAAGGUGGUAGACCACCUCGAGGGUAUGAUCAAGGACCGCCUGGGGCCGAUGAUGCCCGAUCCUCCGAUGAGCUACGAGGGCGGCCCGAAUCAGACUGUCCCACCGUCGGCAGACCUUGCCUACACAUGA